AUGCCUCCCAAGCGCACCCGCGGCCUCGGCCGUCGUACUCAACAACCACCUGCUGAAGAGCCCGCCCAAGAAGCGACCUUGCCAGCCACGACGCCUGUCCAGUCCGGCGAGGCAGAGGCGAAUGACGCCCAGGUCAACAAGCCGGCCGUGAGGAGGUCGAAGCGCUUGAACACGGCUCCUCAGGAGUCCACGCAGCCCGUCGCUCCCAAGUCCAAGAAGAAGGGCACCAAGAAGGACAAGAAGAAGCCCGACGAUGAGGUUCCUGCGGCGGCAGAGCCUCUCGCCGUCACCACCACCUCCACCUCCAACGAGGACGGCAACAACAACAAGCCGCCUCCCACCCCAACCACCCACCCUCUCCCCAGCGACGUCCUCCGCACCAACGAGUCCUCCUCCUCCACCACCACCGAGGCCGGCGGCGAGCAGAAGCUCGUGCGCGAGCUGAAGAACAAGAACAAGCUGCUGGACAAGCUGAUCGAGGAGAACCGCGAGCUGCGGGCCAGCGCGGGCCCGUUGAAGCUGGAAGUCUACAAGCUGAAGAAGCGCGUGAGAGAGCUUGAGGAGAAUGAGAGGAAGAGGGAGGCCGAGGAGGAGCUGAAGUGCGAGAGGAGGAAGAGGGUCAGGAUGGAGGCGGAGCAGGCGGCGAGCAAGGAUGUUGUGGUCCUGGAUGAUGACGACGACAAGGACGUUUAA